AUAAAUACUUGGUCCUUUCGUUUCAUUUUGUAGUUUAUAAUAUUUCUCCGACAAUUGAAAUUCUCCCUUUCUUUCUGCCCCUCCGUUUACCCUUUCUCUCUCAAUCAAUCGCUGCUAACCAAGAUGACCACCUCCUCCGCCACCUCUCGAAAGACACUUAGCAAAAUAGCAAGCAAUAGACUCCAAAAGGAACUCGCUGAGUGGCAGCUCAAUCCUCCUACUGGUUUCAAGCACAAAGUCACUGAUAAUCUUCAAAGGUGGAUAAUUGAAGUGAAUGGAGCACCAGGAACACUGUAUGCUAAUGAGAUAUACCAACUUCAAGUUGAUUUUCCUGAGCAUUACCCCAUGGAAGCUCCUCAGGUGAUCUUUUUAUCCCCGGCUCCAAUCCAUCCCCACAUAUACAGUAAUGGCCAUAUAUGCUUAGAUAUUCUGUAUGACUCAUGGUCCCCGGCUAUGACAGUGAGUUCUAUCUGCAUUAGCAUUCUCUCAAUGCUAUCAAGUUCUACAGUGAAGGAAAGGCCCGAGGAUAAUGAUCGCUAUGUGAAGAACUGUAGAAAUGGAAGAUCUCCGAAGGAGACUAGGUGGUGGUUUCACGAUGACAAAGUAUGAAGAUGUAAACAAAUCUCUGUCAUACUUGUUCAUGACAUCAGAUUAGUCUUCUAACUCUUUUAAGAUUAUAAUGAAAGAAAGCUUUCUUGGCAACCAGAUAAAUAGUUGUCCUGUUUCAUAGUAAAUCAGGAAAGCUUUGUUUUUUGUAUAGGAUAAAACCUUGCUACUAUUUCAUAAUGUGUGAUGUUGAUUGAAGUUGGGUCUUCAAUUGGUGGUUUGAGGUUGCUCAAAUACUCGAAUUGUAUGCUCAUACGAAUAAUCCCUUCCUCAUCAACACCCCCCCCCCCCCCAAAAAAAAAAAAAAAACCCCAAAAAAAAAGGAUAUGAACAGAGGAGAAUUGUAAUCUUCUCAUAUAUGUACUCAAGGGAGUGCAAUAUGUUUUGCGUACCAUCUUUAUGUUCAGUGUUGUUUAUUUGGCUUCA